ACGCUGCGUUUUAAGUUUAAAAAACCCUCUGCAGAAACCCUGGUUCCGCUCCGUGUCCUCUGUGCAACAAAAGCGACGGCCCAUAUUGGCGGCAAAGACGUUGUUGCUUAAACAGACUCGGCAACUCUCCUCGUUCAGCUCUUCGAUCUGAAGCUUAACAGUUUUGAGGGAGAGAGUAUGGCCUUGAAUGGACAACAGCCUGUGGAGCAACAGCCAGCUACUCAGAAGAUUCAGAUAUACUCUACCUCUAGUUCUGGAGUUUCUCCUUUCUGGAGAGAGAAGUAUGAAAAGGAUGCUAAGAAGUACUGGGAUAUCUUUUAUAAAAAGCAUCAAGAUCGAUUUUUCAAGGACCGACACUACCUGGACAAAGAAUGGGGCCAAUACUUUUUUGCAGAAGAAAGAAAAGUUGUUUUGGAGGUUGGCUGUGGAGCAGGAAACACUGUUUUUCCCUUGAUUGCUACAUACCCAAAUGUUUUCAUUCAUGCAUGUGAUUUCUCACCACGAGCAGUGAAUUUAGUCAAGACACAUAAAGACUUCAAUGAGAGCCGUGUUGCUGCAUUUGUUUGUGAUCUUACUGCAGAUGACGUGAGCAACCACAUUUCUCCGUCAUCAAUCGAUGUAGUAAUGAUGAUUUUUGUUUUGUCUGCAGUCUCUCCAGAGAAGAUGUCCCUGGUGUUGCAAAAUGCGAAAAAAGUUUUGAAACCAACUGGAUGUGUUCUGUUUCGUGACUAUGCAACUGGUGACCUUGCUCAGGAACGACUUGAUUGCAAAGAUCAAAAGAUCAGUGAGAACUUUUACGUUCGAGGAGAUGGAACUCGUGCUUUCUACUUCUCCAAUGAGUUUCUUACAAGUACGUUUAAAGAAAAUGGAUUUGAUGUUAAAGAACUUGAUGUAUGUUGCAAACAAGUCGAGAACAGAUCGAGGGAAUUGAUCAUGAAUAGGCGAUGGGUCCAAGCUGUGUUCAGCCUUUCAGAGUUUGCAACUCCAGAAGCUAAACUUACGGCAGGCUUUCCUGGUCAAGUGAAAACCGAGCCUAAGCCCAAGGAGAACCGUUCAGAGCUGCCUGUCAAUGAUUUUGAACUUGACUUCUCUGAGGGUGUUGCAAUUGAUAUGUUUGGAAUUCCACCUUCUCAGGAUAAUGAGAUUGUUGAGGUGGAUGUUAGAGGAUGGAAUUUCAAAAUUAAAGUUCUCUCGAGAGAGUUUCAACAUACCUGCAAAUCAACUGGUUUGAUGCUGUGGGAAUCCGCUCGGUUGAUGGCUUCUGUCCUGGCAGCAAAUCCAGCUAUAUGUGCUGGAAAGAGGGUGUUAGAGCUGGGGUGUGGCUGUGGGGGCAUCUGCUCUAUGGUUGCUGUUGGCUCUGCUAAUCUCGUCGUUGCCACUGACGGAGAUCCGAGUGCUCUUGACCUAUUAUAUCAAAACGUAACUUCAAAUCUUGAGCCGCAUUUCCUCACUAAACUAAUUACAGAGAGACUAGAGUGGGGAAAUAGCAUCCAUAUUGAAACUAUCAGAGAAUUAAGCUCAGGAGGUUUUGAUGUCAUCAUAGGGACUGAUGUCACGUAUGUUCCUGAAGCUAUUUUUCCACUGUUUUCUACUGCAAAAGAGCUGAUUUCAUCUAGCAAGGGUUCAGAACGUGCAUUGAUUCUUUGCCAUGUCCUGCGUCGAGUUGACGAGCCAACAAUUGUUUCAACUGCUCAUCGAUUCGGUUUUAGGCUGGCUGAUUCUUGGACUGCAGGAGUCUCAUCUAAGUCAUCCCAAAGCAUUGUAAGCUCUUGGUUCGCUGAUAGAGAUUGUGAUAUCCCCAGUACCGCUUUGAAUAUUAUGUACUUCCUUCCAGAUAACUGAUCAACAUACUUCUUAUCGGCCUUCUCUUUGAUACGUCAAAGGAGGGCAUAGAAUCAAAUAUGUGAAUCAAUAUGCGAAUCUGCAGUUUUUGAUAUUUAAUUGUAUUUGUACCGGAAGAUCAGUGGAUAGACUUGAGUUGAUAUUUAAGCUUUCAUAAUACGAGAGCGCAUUUAUUUGUACCAGGAAAACGGGAGAGUGGACGUGGAAUUUAUGAAACACCCCAUUGCAUUUAUGUACUGAUGAUUUUUUUUUUUUUUUUUUUUCCUUUUAAGUACAUGAAUGUGAUGAUUCAGGAUUGAAUUUUCAA